AUUCCUAUCUUCCAAAUUCUUCCCUUGCUCGUCCUCACUCUCGUAAGAGCAAUCCACGGUGGCAGUGGCAGAGAAAAGAUAUAACUUGGGUCAGACAUAUAUACUUUAAAUAAGAGAAACACUUUAAAUGUGAGCAUAACAGUUAUAUUGUCCUAGCAGUAAAGGUUUUGUGUCCUAAGCCCAUCAACCCAUGCUUUCUUUCUCAUUUUCAUAUCAUGUAUUCCUCCAAUAGCUGCAAGAAACAAGGAAAUGCUGAAUUGACGAAUCGAACAGACGACCUCCCAUUUCAAACACAAAUGAGACUUCGUUUUCAUUGAUGAAGUAGGAUCAUAAGAGGUUCAAAUACAAAUGCGCCAGCUUACUUAUGUUCAAUUACAAAUGUGGCGGCUGCUAAUCCACCAAAUGAACCAGUCAAGCACCCCACGGUUGGUCGUUGUGACUUCGGUUGGCCAGUUUCCUACAGCGCCAGCUUACAUAUGUUCAAUUUCCAUUUUGUUGUGACUCUAGUCCUGCUGGUCCCCCUCCCUCUGUGACCGGCAAUCGAUGGAAAGAGUAUGGUGUCAUUGAUUUAGUAUGGAUGGCAAUAUUAAUCUGCAUGGCUUGAGUUGUGCUUGUGUGUUGAUAUUGAAUUCAUAAAACUAAUAUAAGCCAACUUAUUACAUCUCAUAUGGCUCUUGCAUUUGGUGGCUACUCUACCCUUGAUACUUGUUAUUAUAGUAAGUUUACAUAUAUAUUUUUUAGUGUUUUCUUGGUGUCCUAGUAAUUCUUCCACUAUCAAUGCUACUGAUAUAUACUACUGUUUUACCCUGGUACCAAUGGUUCAAUGCUACGUCUUGUUUAGUACUCGGAAGAAAAUGCUUCAUCUAGUUGAUAACUGCAAUGAUCCAAUGUAGUUCUCAAAGGGCACCCAUCAAUUCUUGUAGAUUCACUAUAGGUGGUUUCUGUUUUGGUUUGGAAAAGAUCAAAGGAGUAACAAAAGCAGGAAUUUUUGGUUGAUUUAACAUGGACAGGGCUAGGAAUUUCAUACCUGCCCCUAAUCAGGAGCUUCUGGAUGCCAAGCCAUUAAGGUCUUUAGCUCCAAUGUUCCCUGCACCUAUGGGAGUCAACAUUAAUCAGUCAAGCACCCCACCGUUGGUCGUUGUGACUCCGGUUGGCCAGUUUCCUACAGGAUUUGGUGCUGGGAGCCUUCCUGCCUUUGGAUCGUUCGCCACCUUCAGUGCUACUGUGAAUGCUUUUUCGCCUGCAGGCACAAGUGCUAGUGUGCCCAUUGAUGUUACCCCUGUCUCAGCAUACAAGACGAGAUCAUCUGGGGUUACACCACGUAAUGAUGACGGUGAACCUUAUUCGGUUAGUCAGACUUCGGCAUCUGAACGUCAGGCUAAGAGGUCAGCUGGUUUGGCUGCUGAGGGCUCAAAUGGAGUUAAGGUCAAGCGCCCUAAGCCUAUCUACAGGAAUCAUGUUUCUGGCAAGCUGCUUGCUUUUCUGCCCACUUCAGAUAGUACUCCUAGGGAGGCUGUGGAAGCAGUUCAUAUGACCUUUGAGGCACUCAGGCGUAGACAUCUUCAGAUGGAUGAAACGCUAGACGCUAGCAGACGUGCAGACCUGAAAGCUGGCGCUAUCAUGAUGGCCAGUGAUAUCAGGGCCAAUGUGGGAAAGAGGGUAGGGACUGUUCCUGGUGUUGAAAUAGGUGAUAUUUUCUAUUUCAGGAUGGAGCUAUGCAUCAUCGGGUUGCACGCGCCUAGCAUGAGUGGCAUUGAUUACAUGAGUGCUAACUUUGGAAAUGGCGAGGAUUCUGUAGCUAUAUGUAUUGUCGCGGCAGGUGGUUAUGAGAAUGACGAUGAUGACACAGACACGCUGGUGUACAGUGGUUCAGGGGGUAACAGUAGGAACACCGAGGAGAGGCAUGACCAGAAGCUUGAGAGGGGCAACCUUGCUCUCGAGAGGAGUUUGCACAGGAAGAAUGAGAUAAGGGUCGUGCGGGGAUUCAAAGAUCCAGCUACGAUAACUGGCAAAAUCUACAUAUACGAUGGCCUCUAUAAAAUCCAGGAGUCCUGGAAGGAGAGAACAAAGUUUGGCAUCAACUGCUUCAAGUACAGGCUGCAGCGUGAACCUGGACAGCGUGAUGGAGCUGUGGUAUGGAAGAGGACGCAGCGAUGGAUACAAAAUGCAUCAACAAGAGGCAAGGUUAUACAACAUGACCUAUCAUCUGGGGCUGAAACGUUCCCAGUUUGUGUCGUCAAUGAGGAAGACCAUGAGAAAGGACCUGGGCAUUUCACCUAUACUACUGAGGUCAAAUACCCGAGACCUCUAAGCUCCAUGAGAGCCUUGCAGGGUUGCGGUUGCCAGAGUGUUUGCCUACCCGGCGAUGCAAACUGUGCUUGUGGGCAACAUAAUGGAGGUGAUCUACCGUACAGCUCAGCAGGAGUGUUGGUGUGCCGCAAGCCAGUAAUAUAUGAAUGUGGUGAAGCUUGCCAUUGCAGCCUGAAUUGUCGGAACAGAGUGUGCCAAAAGGGGAUCAGGUACCACUUUGAGGUCUUCAGGACCACAAAUCGAGGCUGGGGUCUUCGCUGUUGGGGUCCUAUUCGUGCUGGUGCAUUUAUUUGCGAGUAUGCUGGGGAGGUCAUUGAUGAGCUUCAGGUUAAUUUGGAUGAUAGUGAAGAUGAUUACAUUUUUCAGACCGUGUGCCCUGGUGAGAAGACGCUAAAAUGGAACUCUGGGCCUGAAUUGAUAGGCGAGGAAAGCACAUAUGUAUCACCUGAUGAAUUUCAGCCGCUGCCCAUCAAGAUAAGUGCAAAACAGAUUGGAAAUGUCUCACGUUUCAUAAACCACAGUUGCUCCCCAAAUGUCUUCUGGCAACCAGUGCAAUACGACCAUGGAGAUGACAAGCACCCACAUAUAAUGUUCUUUGCACUUAAUCACAUCCCUCCCAUGACGGAGUUAACUUAUGACUAUGGUGUGGUUCGAGCUGGGACCAGUCGUGGCAAGACCUGCCUGUGUGGAUCAUUAACCUGUCGCGGGUUAUUUUGAUUUACAUUUAGGGCGCAUGUAUAUUGUGGUGGAUCAACAUGCAGGCCAAUAUGCUAGAUGUUUGUGCUGCUACCUAGAUUCUACCAAUGUCAGAUUAGUUCCUGGGAAGAUGGUUAAUAAUCGGUCGUCUGGAACUGCGAAGACAGUAAGCUAUCUUCGAGCUAUAGAAUGCCCAUGUCGUGUCAAUGCCGCACUUGGCCUCUCUUCUGCCGGAUGGUGGCUUUGUGCCCGCCAUUUGUUCAGAUACUUGGUGGAUGCGUGUGUUGAUGUAUUUCCUGCUGCUAAUCUGUCUUCCCUUCUCCUUGCCAUCCGUUUCUGUGUAGGCUAGCGUCAGUUUUAACUGGACCCCUGGCUGUUAGCUGCGACUUGUCAAGACUCGGUGCUGUAAAAACAUGUGGCUUAGUCUCGUCUCGCGUUCGGCUCAGAUUUUUACCUGUGUCC